AUGUCAACAGCAACUGAAACUAUCGCGCAACCACUUGCAGCCGCCAGCACCGCAGCAGCAGCGGAAAUCACCCUCCACACAAAUCAAGACGAUGAAUUCCCCGUCAUUGACUUUGGCAAUCUCGCACGGGAUCCUGAGGGAACUGCCGCUCAGAUCUUCGAAGCCGCCUGCCGCUGGGGCUUUCUGGUUCUCAAAGGUCAUGGAAUCCCUAAGAAGGACGUGGACGCCAUGUUCGCCUUGUCCGCCGAAUUCUUCGACCAGCCCUCAGAAAUAAAGGCUGAGAAGUGGAUGAAUCAGAAGCAGCAGGGGUACGAUUUCAAAGACUGGCGGGACGUCCCCAAGCGCACACAAGCCGAGGCCUUCCGUUCCCAAUGCCGCAACCUCUCCGAAUCCCUCCUCCAAACCUUCGCACGAGCCAUGGACUUGGCCCCCGACUUCUUUACCAGCGCCCACUCCCCCGACAAAGACCCGGGUAACGUCCUCCGUCUUAUCAGAUACCCAGCUUUGCCGGCCCCUGCGGACCCGCGGUUCCCUCGCCUGGGCGAGCACACCGACUGGGGAACGUUGACGCUCCUGUUUGCGCGAACGCCCGGGCUGGAAGUCCGUCCGCCGGGUGAUAGGGGAUGGGUCCCUGCUCCGGUCGUGGAAGACGCCGUGAUUGUGAAUAUUGCGGACGGCCUGGCGCUGUGGAGCGGCAAGGCGCUCAAGAGCACGAUGCACCGUCUGUCGUGGGACAGCUUGCCGUACGAUAUGCACAGAUACAGCAUCGCCUACUUCGUCAACGCGAAUGCGGAUGCGCCACUCAAGAUGUUGAAGGGUGAGGUGGGAUCGGGAGGCAAGUACGUCGAGGCGCCGACGGAAUUCGCGGCAACGUUUGGGGAUUAUCAGGCGGUGAGAAUGCGUAUGAUCCAUGAGAAGUUCAAUACGGAGGGGACAGAGGAAGAUCUCAAGGUUGAUCCGGCCUUUGUCGACAUGGUCAAGAAUAUUGGCGUGGCACACGGGACUGGGGUCACUUUCGAUGGAAAGGGUCUUGAGCAGUAGAUUGAGUGCACUCAACGCAGUGCUGAUUAUUAAGAAGCCUUUGACAGCGCGUUGCUUCUCCUGUAUUUAAGCUUCGUCGCGGUGCGCCUUGUUCAAAAGAACAUGCCUG